GCUAGUCUGAGGAACUUCUGAACUCCACAGGUGCCUUUGGGAGGACUGUUGGAAGUCAAUCAGUUUGGGAGCUGUUUUGACAGCGCUCAGUUUGAGCUUCAAUCCAGAGAGACAUAAUGUACGGGCUGCUGUGUGAGAGCCUCCAUGACUUCAUCAAGGAGUCAUACGGAGAUGAUGUGUGGAAGCUGGUCAGAGAGAGAGCAGAUGUCAGAUUACACUCUUUUGUCACUCACCAGGUGUACAGUGAGAGUGUGAUUCCUCGGAUUGCAAAGGCAGCCAGUGGAGUGACAGGCACACCCUACAAUGAACUGAUGAACUCCUGGGGAGUCUAUUUCUUGGGUUUUGUCGGAAAAUAUGGAUAUGACAGGAUUCUCAAGGUGUUGGGUCGUCAUGUACGCGACUUUGUCAACGGCCUUGACAACCUCCAUGAAUAUUUGCGCUUCAGUUACCCAAAGGUGCAGCCCCCAACCUUCUUUUGCCAGGAGGAAUCAGCCACUGGAGUCACCCUCCACUACAGGAGUAAACGUAAGGGCUACCUGCACUACGCCAUGGGGCAGCUAAGGCAGAUGGGAAAGCAGUUUUAUGACACAGACAUCCAUGUGGAGGUGCUGUCUGAGCAGAUGGUGGGAGACUAUUCUCAUGUUACCAUGAGGCUGAACUUUGACAACUCAGCCUACCGCUACAUCAUGAAAGAGGAUGAGGAGGAGCAGGAAAUUCUGCCCAUUACCUCAGAUUUCUUCUUUGAAGUCUUCCCCUUUAACAUAGUCUUCAGACAGGAUAUGGUGGUGCACAAUGUGGGCUCAGGCCUAGCCACUGUCUUCCCUGAUUUGGAUGGGAAAAAGAUCAAUGAUGCCUUUUUGCUGGCUCGCCCCCUAGUGGAGUUCACCUGGAACAUGAUCAUCUCCCAUCCCAACAACCUGUUUGAAAUCAUGUCCAAAGAACCUGUGAAGAGAGAGAGGAACCUCCACAACCGAGUCCAGAAUUCUGACUAUGAAAACGCCAAUCGCUCUGCUGAUGUAGACGUGGAGCUCAUGGCUUUCCAGUCCAUCAUUGGAGAUGAUUACAAAGACGGUAACAGUGCUAAUGCGAUGGAGAGCUGGGGCGAUGGGAGCCGCUGCCUGAAACUAAAAGGACAAAUGAGAUACAUGCCAGAGUGGGAGUCCAUCAUCUUCCUGGGAACCCCUGUGAUGGAGAGUCUCAGUGCUAUGUUCAAGACAGGCCUGUACAUCAAUGACCUGAGCAUGCAUGACUCCAGCAGAGACCUGGUGCUGGCGGGCACACAGCAGUCAGAGGAGCUGAAGAGAGCGCUCAUCCAGGAGCAAAAGAAAUCCAGUAAGCUGGAGGAGAGCAUGAAGAUGUUGGACUAUGAGAUGAAGAAGACCGAUGACCUUCUCUACAGGAUGAUUCCCAAACCGGUGGCAAAGAGGCUGCGCAAAGGAGAACCAGCUGUGAACACAUGUGAGGUAUUCCCUGAUGUCACCAUUCUUUUCAGUGACGUAGUUGGAUUCACACGUAUUUGCAGCCACAUCACCCCGAUGCAGGUGGUCUCCAUGCUCAACACCAUGUACACUCUGUUUGACACACUCAGCGAGAAGCAUCGUGUCUUCAAGGUGGAGACCAUUGGAGAUGCCUACAUGGUGGUUGCAGGAGCUCCAGAGAAGACCAAGUACCAUGCCCAUAAUAUCUGUGACAUGGCCCUGGACAUGGUGCGCUCCAUCGACCACCUCAAAGACCCUUCCAAUGGGAAUAACAUCCAGAUUCGCGUCGGAAUCCACUCUGGGAUGGUAGUUGCCGGGGUGGUGGGCCAUAAGAUGCCACGCUAUGGUCUGCAUGGUGACACUGUCCACACUGCAUCUGCAAUGGAGAGCAAUGGCAAGGAAAUGCACAUCCAGCUGAGCAGCGCCACCUACGAGCAUCUCAAAGGAAGCCACUUUAUUUUUGAAAGGAGGGGCAUCAUCACCAUUAAGGGGAAUGUGGAGAUUGAGACGUACUGGCUGAAAGGGAAGAGAGACAAGGAUGGGAAUGCACAGGCAGCGUGUCCUCAGUUUGAGACCCAGACCAUCAGUAAGGCCAUCAGUAAAGCCACCAUCUCUGGGCCUGAGGCCACAGGAGAUGAGGAGGGACUGGUCUUCCCCUUGGUCGCAGGAGAGGAUGAGGAUGAUGUCAAGUCUAUUCGCUCUCAUCGUAUCAAGAUGGAGAUUUCAGGCCACUCUCUGGAAGAGUCAAUGGAGGAGUGCCGUGUGGAGGAAAUGUCUGUUCAUAAGUCCCACUUUAAGGAUGCUCUGCAGGACGACCUCCAAGACUCACACCUGGAGAUGGACUCACCUGCGUCUGACAGCAGAGACUCCAUCACAGAGUCCCGCGACAGCUCCUGCGACUCCCGCUGCUCCAAGAGCGCCAUGUGUUCCGUGUCCUGAACCGACAGACGCUAGAUGAUGACAUAGCCAGUGAUGUUUCUGACAGCUACUAAAGCGCUUCUUGUACUAACUAAAGCACUGACUGUUAGUCCAAAUGCCACAUAGGAAAGGAGUAUUUGCUCAUAUUUUGCCUUUUUGACUGCUGACGUUAGGGGUCCAUGGGACUUCUCAUAGUGACAGCCAUGAAAAUCUCUAACAAGUUGUUUGUAUUUGGUCUCCAGUGGCCUUGUGUGGUGUUGGAUUGCACAACAAAAUUGUCAGUGUUCAUAUAGGUCUGACAGUCCAGAAACUGACACUAGUGGUAAAUUUCCACUUUUAUUAACCGCUGCCUCGGAGCUGUUCCAGCCCAGAGUGAACGAAUGUUUUUUCAGAUUAAUGCCUCACAUCAGUCACCUCAAAGCAACAGCCACUAAAAAUGCCACCAGUGAAACAUCUUCUGUGUGCCAAUUGUGUAUUAUUUUUAGUACCAAAAGUGUUCACUGCCACUUAGUUCAGCUGGACACAAGCUCAGUAGUUUCCUGCACUAUUUAUUCUGUUGCGCCUUGUAGAAUUGACAUCUUACUUUUCCCAGUGAUGAAAUCAUUCUCCAGAUCUGCUCCGUCUCACUCUCUACUUACUCAUCAUCAUUGUUCCAUAUUGGUCUCGUCAAAUACCCAUUCACGGCACAAUGUAAACUCCUGUCAGCUCAGUGAAAAUAAAGCG